UGAGCCCGCCGAGGCGGGGCGGCGGGAGGGCUGCCGGGGCCGAGCGGACGCAUGCGCCGGGACGGCGGUAGCGGGCGAGCUGCCGGGGUCCGGCGGAGUUGGGACGCGUUCGCUUCGGUCUGCUCGUCCGCCGGCCGGCCCCGCGUUGACUGCCGCCUUCCUCUCUCGCCGGCAGCUAAGGAUACUUGGUGCUGAAUAUCUACAAGUGUUUAUGCAGUCCAGUGCUAUUGGAACUGCCAAUGGUUCUUUGGUAUGAAGAUUUUGAGGUAUGAAACGUCCAUUAAGUCCUGAACACAUCUCUGAAGAUGGGAUUAUGAAUCAACCAGCUGUUCUACAGAGCUUUGAAGAAAAGGGACUGAGGAACGACAGACAGGACUAUCAAUUAAGCAAAGAAAAAAAGAAGGUACUGUUUUCUUUCUGUGAAGUGUGCAAUAUACAACUGAACUCUGCGGCACAAGCUCAAGUUCAUUACAAUGGGAAGUCUCACCUGAAAAGGGUGAAGCAACUAAAUAAUGGAAAACUCCCUACAAGUACAGCUACUGGCACUUUGUAUGCAACUACAAGCACAGGCACUACUACACUUCCCACCCUUGUGCGCACACCAACCUUGAUGAUGCAGCCUUCCCUGGAUAUCAAACCCUUCAUGUCCUUCCCUGUGGACAGCAGCUCUGCUGUUGGAUUCUUCCCAAAUUUUAACACAAUGGAUCCUGUGCAAAAAGCAGUCAUAAACCAUACAUUUGGAGUGUCCGUUCCCCCAAAGAAGAAGCAAGUCAUUUCCUGUAACGUCUGCCAGCUUCGAUUUAACUCUGAUAGCCAGGCCGAGGCCCACUACAAAGGAAGUAAACAUGCCAAGAAGGUCAAAGCACUAGAGGCAACGAAAAAUAAACCCAAAGUUGGUUCUUCCAAGGACAGCGCAAAGGCUAACACAAGCUGCUGCACCACGCCAGUCACAGCCAACAUCUCUGACAAAUCAGAAGAUAAAGGGAAAGCAAAACUCAAUAGUGCAAGUCAACAGUCCAGUACAGAAGCAGGUUCUUUUCCUCCCAAACCUGGAGUGGCAGCAGUGGCAGCUGUAACACCUGCUUCAUCUUCCAAGAGUACAAAUGGAUCCCCUAAUGCAGUUUCUGAGUCAGAAGAGGAAAAAGCCAAAAAACUACUUUACUGUUCAUUAUGCAAAGUGGCUGUGAAUUCCCUGUCACAACUAGAAGCCCACAAUACAGGCUCCAAGCACAAGACCAUGGUGGAGGCACGAAAUGGUGCAGGUCCCAUCAAGUCCUACCCCAGACCUGGAUCCAGGCUGAAGGUGCAGAAUGGCAGUAAAGGCUCAGGACUGCAGAACAAGACGUUUCAUUGUGAAAUCUGUGAUGUCCAUGUUAAUUCAGAGAUUCAACUUAAACAGCACAUUUCCAGCCGAAGGCAUAAGGACAGAGUGGCAGGGAAGCCUAUGAAACCUAAAUACAGUCCUUAUAACAAACUGCAGCGCAGCCCGAGUAUUUUAGCGGCAAAGCUUGCAUUCCAGAAGGACAUGAUUAAGCCACUGGCACCUGCUUUCCUUUCCUCUCCUCUUGCUGCGGCCGCAGCUGUGUCAUCAGCUCUGUCCCUUCCUCCUCGUCCCUCUGCUUCCUUGUUCCAGGCACCUGCAAUACCACCAGCUCUCCUCAGGCCAGGCCAUGGUCCCAUCCGGGCAACACCUGCCUCCAUACUCUUUGCACCAUAUUAAUUUAUCAGUACAAAAAAGAGAUAACUAUGGCCAGUGGAAAGGGUAAAAUGAAAGCAGGAAAUAGGUUGAGAUUCCAAAAUAUCUUUCUCUUUGGAAAUGCCACCCAAGGUGACACUUCAACCAUAAAAUUCACCAUCAGCUGUACUGCAUUUUGGAGUCUAAACAACCCUCCUUCUCAGUCUCCCUGUCUGUCCUUUUAAAAUCCACAUAGUAGCUUCAGUAAAAACUUAAUUACUCAUUAACAUUUCUAAUACUAAAUACCCAUGCAUCUAGUAUUUUUUAAUCUUUAUUUUCAACAUGUAUGAUGCACCUUGGAAUAAAUGAACGUAAAAUAUUUUCCUGUCAGACUUGAAAACUAGGGUCUUCCUUGCUCAACACUUCUGUAUAUACAUCUCUGAAAACCAGUGGGAUGUAAUCCAGUGUGGGAAUAAAAAAAGGCAGAUGAACCAAAUGCUUGAUUGUGGCUAACAUCUCAACAACUAAUGGCGUCCUCUUUUUUCUUUCUUCCAGUGUGCUCUUGUUGACAGCGUUUGUGUACUGUCCUAGGCCCCAGUACUGGUGUAUCUUGUGUAGUACUAAUGAUGUAUCUCAUGUCUGAUUUUACUAUUUUUAGUUUCUGUGCAAAUGUUUGAAAGCAAUGCUGCGCUGAAGCUGUUAAUGAUUUCUUUUGUGUCACAGUUUAUUUAGAGGAAUUAAAAAUAGAAAGCCAUAUAACAUAUAGUUAAGAUUACUACUUGUUUGCUACUUUGAUUUAACUUAUUUUUGUUGUUUCCUCAAUGGUGUUGCUAAGCAAUGUUUAAAAAGAAGAAAAAAAAAAAGCUUUUCAAUUGCACAUUACCACAGCUCACAUGCGUUGUUCAAGAAGGCAAUGGAUCCAUGUGUUUGUACGUAAACAACCUUAUUUCUUCAUUUCCCACUAGUUUCCUUGCAAUGAUGCUGCAUAACGUUGUGGCUCUCUAAUGCAAUAAUGUACAGAACAUAAAAUAUUUAUAAUUGACUGUAUGCUCUGUUUACUGAAUAUAUUGCAGUAAUGCCCCACUUAUCUUCUUACCUCCCCAACCCUUUUAUAAAGGUGAUAUCAAUAUGCAGCACUCAGACUGAAGUCAUUAUGUGACAAUGGAGACAACAGGUAGAAGAAAGGGGGAAAAAAUAGAAUUAACUUUUAGAGCAUCUUUAUCUGCGAUCCAUAAUAGUAAAAUGUCUGUGUAUUUUUUUAAAUGUACCUUUGCAAUAAAAUAAUAUGAAAAAUA